ACAAAUGUAGAGGGUGCUGUAAAUCAUGGCAGCGCCCUGUCUUCGUUUGGCAUGUGAUGUGCUGCGGAAAAAACGGUUUUCCCGGUGUCAGCAUUUGAUUAUUUUGAAUACUGAACGUCAUUUUCGCACUAACACUAACCGUGGCUUCGAUCGGCAUAAUCAUUCAUCUUAUGACAGUUCAAGAUGGUUCCUAACCUGGCCCACCGCUGUCAUUACAUCAGCUGUAGGAUACUUUUUAUACAAAUGGAAAAGAGAGCUGUUUGGAGAUGGCAGUUACCAAUUUGAAGGACUUAGUUCUUUAUUUCCCAAUGUCAAUGCAGCGGUCAACUUUGAUACUUCAAAUAUUAAUUAUAAUCGAGACAAGUAUAAUUUUAUAGCAGAUGUAGUAGAAGUCACCGCACCAUCUGUAGUCUACAUUGAAAUCAAAGAUCACCGGCGGCUAGAUUACUUCACUGGGAAACCUACAACCACCAGUAAUGGGUCUGGUUUUAUCGUUGGCAAGGAUGGAUUGAUAUUGACAAAUGCUCAUGUCGUUAUCAACAAGCCAAACUCAUCUGUUAAAGUUCGACUCCAUGAUGGUACCAGCUGUACUGGAGUUGUCGAAGAUAUUGAUAUGAAAAGUGACUUAGCUUUGGUUCGAAUAAAGAAGAAUGAUUUGCCAGUCAUGAAGUUGGGAAGUUCCUCUGCUUUGAGACCUGGGGAGUUUGUCGUAGCUAUUGGGUCCCCAUUAGCCCUCAGUAAUACAAUCACUAGCGGAAUUAUUAGCAGCGUGAACCGGCAAAGCGAAGAAUUAGGACUUCACCACAGCAACAUGGGGUACAUACAAACUGACGCUGCAAUUACUUUUGGAAAUUCUGGUGGCCCUCUAGUUAAUUUAAAUGGCGAAGCAAUCGGAAUAAAUGCGAUGAAAGUCACGGCUGGUAUUUCAUUCGCGAUACCGAUUGAUUACGCAAAAGAUUUUCUCAAACAGGCGGAGGAGCGCCGAAAAACGAAGGGCACUCGAGAAAAAGUGGAUUCUAUAAACAAGCGACGUUAUAUGGGCAUCACAAUGCUGACAUUGACACCGGGUAUUAUGAGCGAAUUGCAUCAACGGAAUGAAAACAUACCCUGGAACGUGAGGCAUGGCGUUUUGAUCUGGAAAGUAAUCGUCGGUUCUCCAGCUUACGUAGGCGGACUGAGACCCGGGGACAUAGUGACGCACGUUAACGGGGCUCCAGUUUUAUCCGCUGCGGAUAUCUAUGAGGCCCUAGAAAAGCCAGGUCCAAUAAAAAUGAUUAUCGCCAGAACCGGAGGUAUCGUUGAAGUCACUGUCGUACCAGAAGAAGCAUGAGCUGCUAUACUAGAAAAACUCACAAAAAAAAAAAUACAAAUUACAUACCAAGAGAAUAAAAUUGACGAUCAAACCGUGUACGAAAUCGUAUACUUAAUUGAAUUAUUUAUGUACAAAAUAAAAAUAAUUGAUUGAAAA